AUGGUUCGUUCAGAGGGUAACAAAGCCCAAAAGAUCAACGCAUACAAUGUUUUCUUACUCUGUUUCAUUGGCCUCGGGUCAAUGACCUAUGGUUACACAGCCUCGAUUAUAGGAACAACUCUUGGUCAACCGUCCUUCAUUGCUUAUUUCGAUCUUGCCACGAGAAGCGAUGGAACCGACCUCAUAAGUACUAUGAAUGGUCUUUUUCAGACUGGCGGUACCAUUGGUACUUUGAUACUCCCAUAUGUGGCCGAUCGAUGGGGUCGCAAAUGGGCAAUCGCAGUGCCGGCAAUCAUAGCAGUUGUUUCAGGAGCCUUCUUGGCUGGCAGCACGAACAUCGGCCAAUUUUUGCUCUUUCGAUUCUUCGCGGGUGCCGCAGCCUUCAUGAUUCUUGCUGCAGUUCCGAUAUGGAUGUCUGAAGUGGUUCCUGUCCAAUUGAGAGGAGCAUUGGUUGAUGUACACGCUGUAUUCCUCAUUCUCGGUUACACUAUUCAAGGGUGGAUCGGGUUCGGAUUCUACUUCUGGGAUGGAGGCUCAGCGACCUGGAGACCUCCUCUAGCCUUGCAAUGCCCGCGCUGGUUGGUCAUGAAAGACCGUGUGGAUGAAGCUAGGGAGAUUCUCUUCCGCCUACACUCCAAUCCUGAUGAUCCUGAAAACGAGUUCGCCAGCGCAGAAGUGUACCAGAUUCAGAAGCAAAUCGCAAUCGACAAAACGCUAGGCAACACGUGGAUGUACAUGAUCAAAAAGCCAUCUUACCGAAAACGAUGUUUACUCGCAAUUGGAACAACAGGAAUUAUUCAAUGUUCUGGGGUGCUAGUUAUCAACAAUUAUGGCCCAACUCUAUAUGCAAAUUUGGGUUUCAGUCCAGUCAAGCAGCUUCUGUAUCCUGCUGCAUGGCUUACCCUCACUCUUGGUAUCAACAUUAUGGCGAUGGCAACAGUGGACUUGUUCCCUCGAAAUAUAUACAUGGGAUUUGGCGUUCUGGGCUGCAUGGCCACCCUCAUCAUCGAGGCUGCGCUAGUUGCCGAGUUUGUGCCCUCUACCAAUCAAUCAGCACUACAAGCAGCUGUGGCGAUGCUAUUCAUCUUCCAGAUUUUCUACGGGUUCUGUCUUGACGGUACCCAAUUCAGCUAUCUCAACGAGCUGUUCCCUACACAUAUCAGAGCAAAAGGCGUCUGCUUAGGAGUGUCUAUGAUUUCUCUGAUGAACAUCAUCUGGCUUCAGGCAGCACCAACUGCUUUCAACAAUGUUGGGUGGAAGUUCUACCUCGCUUUCAUCAUUCCUGGAACGAUUGGCGGUGUCAUCAUGCUAUUCUUCUUUCCUGAUACCAAAGGCGUGCCCCUUGAAGAAAUUGCAGCUAUUUUCGGCGAUGCGGAUGAGGUUGCUAUCUAUCAGCGCGAGAUCGAAAUUGACCACACCACCCAUACUGUCGUGAUUCGUGGUCCUGAUGAGGAGAAGACUGACCAACCUAUUAUGACUGAGAAUAUGGAAGGUCAUAAAGCACCUAUCAGUAAUUCACAGCAAGCAUAG